ACACGACACGUGAUUGGAAGGCGCGGCCCCGCGGCCACCGGGACCGGUACCGAGAGAGAGGGAGAGAGAGGGGGAGAGGGAGAGGCGGUCCCUUCAUGGCCGAGGACAGGAACAUGGCGGUAGUGACCUGUUCGGCUCCUGUAAACAUCGCCGUCAUUAAAUACUGGGGAAAGCGAGAUGAGGAGGCGAUUUUGCCGAUUAAUUCCUCACUGAGUGUGACCCUACACCAGGAUCAGUUAAAAACUACAACCACAGUUGCUGUAAGUCGAGAUUUUAAGGAGGACCGAAUAUGGCUAAAUGGAACCGAGGACAAUAUAACCCACCCAAGGUUGCAGACCUGCCUACGUGAGAUCCGUCGCCUCGCCAGAAAAAGAAGAAAUAGUGGUGAUGAAAAUUGCAACACAUUUCCAACCGUUUCCUAUAAAGUUCAUAUCUGUUCUGCAAAUAACUUCCCUACUGCAGCGGGACUGGCAUCUUCUGCAGCUGGCUACGCCUGCCUGGUGUACGCCCUCGCUAAGCUAUACGGUCUGGAGGGAGAGUUGUCAGAGAUUGCUCGUCAGGGUUCAGGCAGUGCUUGCCGAAGCAUGUACGGUGGGUUUGUGCAGUGGGUCAUGGGAGAGAAAACCGAUGGGAGUGAUAGCAUUGCCCAGCAGAUCAAGCCAGAAUCUCAUUGGCCAGAGCUCCGAGUGCUCAUACUGGUGGUGAGUGCAGAACGGAAGCCAGUGGGCAGCACUACAGGAAUGCAGACCAGUGUCAAGACCAGCCCGCUGCUGAAGCACCGUGCUGAAAAGAUAGUUCCUGAGCGAAUGAAAGAAAUGACUGAAGCCAUCCAAUGCCGUGACUUUGAAAGCUUUGCACAGAUAACUAUGAAGGAGAGUAACCAAUUUCACGCCACUUGUCUCGACACCUUCCCCCCAAUCUUCUACCUCAACAAUAUUUCCAGACGAAUCAUUAACUUAGUACAUAAAUACAACUCCCACCACGGAGAGACACGGGUGGCGUAUACAUUUGAUGCAGGCCCCAAUGCUGUCAUUUACACACUACACCAGCAUGUGGAGGAGUUUGUGGAGGUUGUGAAACAUUUCUUUCCUCCAGAGGAGAAUGGUGGACAAUUCUUGAAAGGUUUGCCUGUAAAGUCGGUGUCUCUAUCAGAGCAGCUGAAGUCCAGUAUCCAGACAGACCCAGUUAAGGCUGGAAUUCAAUACAUUAUCAGCACUAAGGUAGGACCGGGACCACAGUUGAUGGAAGGUCCAAACCAUCACCUGCUUGGGAAGGAUGGGCUUCCCAAGCAGUAGCUCUGAACAUUCACCUUUCUAAUGUUUGGAGGCCAGAACUGUAAUAGCUGCAAGACUGUUUGUAUCAAUGAUUAUGUGAAAGCUGACAAUUAUUUGGCUAUAGAUACACUACGUACUCAGGAACUGAGUUGCACCAUGUGUCUGUCUUUACUUUGUGGCAUAUAAUACAAAUGGUUGAAUUAUCUGCACGUUAAUCUGUGGACAGGAGAUGCCUGAAUUCAGAAGAUGCUCAAAUAAGAUAUGUUUCCAUGGAGAGAUCUGAUCUGCUGCCCACCUGGCUCAACUGCUCAAUGUAACUGACCAAUAUAUAUAACUUGCGUGUUUUCCACUCAAGGGUACUGUCACCGCACAAGGACAAAAAGGUCUUCCCCUACCCUGGGAGAUAAGUGCCUUGUCUCUCUGGCACGUUUUCUAUGAGACGAGGCAGAUGGUACCACAUAGUAAAUUAUGAUGUACUUAAUUCUGAGACACUGUUUUACUGUUUCAGUGUUAAAUGCCAAAUGGUAUUGGAAUCGACUUGUUACCAAACAUUGACUAUUUAUGUAACAGAAAUGGAGUUGUGUCCUUUUGUAAUUCCAUAUUAAAUGAUCUUUUAAAUGCA